UUGCAAUCGCCUUGCAGAGGCGUCCGCUGACGCCAGAGGAGCAGUUAGCUAUGAUCAAGCAAGUGGGCCAUGGCCUAGAGCGGCUACAUGAGUGUGGGUGGGCCCAUGGAAACUUGAAGCCCUCAGCUGUGCUGUGGGAUGGGUCACGCAUGAGGGCAGUGUUGACGGAGUUUCAGUUGGCGUGUCGUCUCCAGCCUGAUGGUCGCAAGGACAACCAGUACAGGUAUGCAGGGGCUUAUCGUGCACCUGAGCAUUGGGCUUGGAGCGAAGCUUGGAAGGACGAUUCAUUGCGUGCAACGCCAGCGAGUGAUGUUUGGGCGCUUGCCUGCACACUUGCUGAAGCUGCGACGGCGGCGAAGCUCUUCACAGAAGUUUGCAGCAUUCAGUCUUUCUGUGCGUCGCAGUCGCGCCCACUCGCUUCCCAUACCCGCUCAAGUGGUCCAUGGAAGGUCUUGCUGCAGCUGAAGCCUUCUUUUCAGGCCGUGCUGUUGGAGAUGCUUCACAAGGACCCGCAACGGAGGAUGACUCUCCCGACUCUGCUCCAAAGAUUGCGGUAAAAAAGAAUGCGAAGAGGGAAGACGUGUCGGACUGUCGGCAAGGUUAAGAGUUGAUGUAGUAUGUUGUUUAGGCAGGGCUGGGUAAGACCGCCCCACAUGGAAACAUUGUUCCACGGGUCCAGAUCAAGAUCUGUAGCAACCUACCUCUACUGAUGAGCAGCCUUUUCGUACCGAGAAAACACGCCACUUCCGAGGGUAGAGAGCUA